ACAGCUGAUUGUUUUUGGCUAUUAAACAUGGUUCGCGUUGGCUUGCAAAUAUCCUGUACUUUGGAAAAUAUUGAAAAACUGGAAACUAAUCAUCCGGAUUAUGCUUUCUUUUUAAAACUCACCUGUAGCAACUGUGGCGAGCAGACCAACAAAUGGCAUGAUGUCACCGAAUCGGAGAGAGUGCAGCAGGACACCCGGAACUCAGAUGGGUUUAAUUUCUUUAUAAAGUGUAAAAUGUGUGGGCGAGAGAAUAGUAUCGACAUUGUCGAGAAAUCCAACGCGGCCUACACAGCAGAUGAUGCCGGCAGCUUCAAGACCAUUGUCAUCUUUGAUUGUCGGGGUGUGGAACCUGUGGAAUUUUCCCCACGCGCUGGCUGGAAAGUGGAAUCCUCGGAGAAUGGCCAAAAAUUUGACGAUGUUGAUCUAUCCGAAGACGAUUGGGUUGAGUAUGAUCAGAAAAAUAAUAAUUCAGUAGGAAUCUAUGAGUUUGCUUCGAAAUUUAUAAAAUUGAAAAAGUAAUAAACUUGCUUAUGUUGAA